AUGAGGGCGACGAUGUUGAGAUCUGUUCUCCGCAGGAGUACGGCCUCAUCCGCGGAGUCGGGCCGUGACCUAUCCUUGGCUUCAGAGCCGGAACUGAAGGUGGCUGUUUUGGGGGCCAGAGGCGGGAUCAGGCAGCCCCUAUCUUUUUUUAUGAAGUUGAAUCCCCUUCUCUCGAACCUCGCUCUCUACGAUAUCGCCGGAACACCCAGCGUCGCUGCUGACGUCACCUACAUCAACACUAGAUCUGAGGAGGACGGUGAGCUACUACUUGGCCUUAAGGAAGAAUGGGGAGACGACGUGCACAAUGCAAUUACUACUGCAGUUACACCAUAG